AUGGCCUGCCCCUUAUCGGAUGGCAUUCCAGAGCAGCAUGGUCAAGAAAAUGAUCAAGUGACCGAAAGCCCGGGUAUGCUGUACGGUGAAUAUCUUCGAUUAGACAAAAUCUUAACUGCCCAAAGAUUGUUGAGCGCCGAGUACAGCAAGGAAGUGCACGACGAACAUCUUUUUAUCAUCACUCAUCAGGCGUACGAGCUAUGGUUCAAGCAGAUCAUCUACGAGCUAGACACGGUCAAGGCGCUCUUUAACCCCGAGCCGAGCAGCUACGACCCACCAUCGUUGAAUGGUAGCUCCAACAACCGUUCCGUCCCGAAGAAUCGUCUCCCACAGGUCCUGAACGAGUCGAGGACCUUGGAGAUCCUGAAGAGAUUAAAUCGCAUCGUACUCAUUCUGAAACUUCUAGUGGAGCAAGUGACCAUUCUAGAGACCAUGACGCCCCUGGACUUCAUGGCGUUCAGGGACUAUCUGUGCCCAGCCUCGGGGUUCCAAUCGCUCCAGUUCCGUUUAUUGGAGAACAAGCUGGGCGUGAAGCAAGAGCAUCGAGUGAAGUACAAUCAAAGUUACACCAGAGUCUUCGGAAGGGACCCGAAAGCGAUCGAGGCGAUCAAACGUUCGGAAGAGGAGCCGAGUCUCAGCUGCCUGGUUCAAAGAUGGCUGGCGAGGACACCAGGUCUCGACAGCCACGACUUCGACUUCUGGGGAAAAUACAAACGAUCCGUGGAUAAAUUAUUAGCCGAACAGGAACAGCAUGCUCGUAAACAGACGAAGGAACAGCUCAGGAAUUAUCAUCUGUCCAACGUACGUUCUCGACAAGCAGCCUUCGAAACGAUCUUCAGUGAAUCCCUUCACAAUGCGUUGGUAUCCCGAGGAGAAAGGAAAUUUACGUACGCAGCCCUUCAGGGAGCUGUGAUGAUCACUUUGUACCGUGACGAGCCGAGAUUCAGUCAGCCCCAUCAGAUCCUGACCUCGUUGAUGGACAUUGACUCCCUUAUUACGAAAUGGAGGUAUAAUCAUGUCCUGAUGGUACAAAGAAUGAUCGGGUCCCAGCAACUCGGAACUGGUGGAUCUUCCGGCUAUCAAUACUUAAAGUCCACAUUGAGUGACAGAUACAAGGUAUUCCUGGAUCUGUUCAACUUGUCCACGUUCUUGAUACCCCGUCAGAUGAUACCGCCAUUGACGAAGCAAAUGAAGACGAAAUUGUCAAUCGCCUGUAACGGCUGGAACCCGGACGACAAUCAAAACAACUCCGACUGCACCCUCGAGGACACAUAAAACGAUAGACG